AUGGGUUCGUCACAAGUUUUCAACAACUUGGGGCAACUAGAUCCCUUCUCCAUCUCUAUUCGCCUUCUUCUUCCUCUUCUUCUUCUUCUACUUUUGCUUCUCCUCUUGUUUGGACGCAACAAAUUAUAUGGAAAAUUGAACUUACCUCCAUCACCCCCAAAGUUACCAAUAAUUGGAAAUCUUCACCAGCUUGGAAAUAACCCACAUAGGUCUCUAAGAUCACUGUCCAACAAGUAUGGCCCACUUAUGCAUCUAAACUUCGGCCAAAUUCCGACCCUGAUUGUUUCGUCUCCUGAUAUGGUAGAAGAAAUUGUUAAAGCCCACGAUGUCGUUUUUUCCAACCGGCCUAAAACGACAGCCACCGAUAUCUUGUUUUAUGGACAGAAAAACAUCCUAUUUUCCCCUUAUGGUGAAUAUUGGAGACAAGCUCGGAAAGCCUGUGUACUUGAACUUUUGAGCCUCAAAAGUGUGCAUUCUUUUCAGUUUGUGAGGGAAGAAGAGGUAGAAGUUUUGGUCAAUAAUAUAAGGAAACUUUGCCUUAGUGGGAAUUCAAUUAAUCUAAGCAAUGACAUCGAUCAAAUGAACUACUUAAAAUGUGUCGUUAAAGAAAAUUUUAGACUACAUCCACCGGCUCCUCUUUUAGCUCCGCGAGAAACAACCGCAAGUGUUAAGAUUGGAGGCUACGAAAUUCCUGCGAAGACAAGGGUCUUUGUCAACGCUUGGGCGAUUCAAAGGCACCCGAGCUCGUGGGAUGAACCGGAGGAGUUCGUCCCGGAGAGAUUCGAGAACAACCCGGUUGAUUUGAAUGGUCAAGACUUCCAAUUCAUUCCGUUUGGAUUUGGGAGAAGGAGAUGCCCAGGGUUGGCAUUAGGGCUUGUUACCAUUGAAUAUUUGAUUGCCAAUCUUUUGUAUUGGUUUGAUUGGAAGUUGCCAGAUGAUGGUGGAUUGCCAGAGGACUUGGACAUGACGGAAGUUUGCGGGUUAAGUGUUCAUAAGAAAUUUCCUCUUCAUGUUAUACCAAUAUUAUCUUGCUCGGUUGUUCCCCUUAAUCUGUAGGCUAAACCUACUUAUACGGAUUUAUGGCUCGUUCUACUUUAUAUAUGCAACACUUUC